AUGGAUGCAUGGACUCAUCUUCGUGAUCUAUUCCAAGACAAUGAACAUUCCAAAGCCGUGACCCUUGAACAGGAAUUCUCCUCUACUCAUAUGCAUGAUUUUCCUAAUGUCUCAGCGUACUGUCAACGGCUUAAAAUAUUAUCCGAUCAACUUAAAAAUGUUGGAGCUCCGGUUAACAAUAGCGGCUUGGUGUUACAGUUGGUCGAGAGUUUAACUGAUGCAUAUAGCAGUGUUGGGAUGUUGAUUCGUCAAAGUAAGCCACUUCCCCGCUUUUACCAGGCUUGCUCCUUGCUCACUCUCGAGGAAGCCGGCUUUGCCAAGAAUGGGGCUACCAAAAUUGAGUCUGCCAUGUUCUCUAGUGGCUCCGAUGGUGCUACUUCUUAUCCCAACACAAAGCCACAAAGUCGUGGUAAUGGCAACAAAAACAACACCAAAAACAAGAAUCGCAACAACAACGGGGGUGGUUGA